AUUUUAGCGAAGCUGUAUAAAUUUAAAGCAGACAACAAAACAAGCAAAAGAUUUUAAGCAGACGUUAGACAAACGUUAGUUAAAUAUCCGUCAAAAUAAUUAUUGACAGUAGCAUUACCUAACAAUAACAUAUAAGCACGUCACUUACUCUACUAAGCUAAGACUUUUACAAGUGUUAGCUACAUUUUAUCCAUGGGGACAGCUUCCCCUUGGUUGCUGUUCAUUUUUGAGUCAUAAUUUGAAGGAGCCAUGUUGUGUGACGUUUACCGAGAAAACGAAACCUACUGUGGGUGAGGACGAAAACGGAAAAGAUGUCAUUUGCACUUUGUUCUCUUAUUUUUAUGUAAUUUGAAUUGGCAUUCCGGCAGUUGAGUACUUUAUAAUGGAAACGGUAAACUACGUAGCUAAACUGAACGAGUUUGCACAGAGAACACGCUCGGAGCUGAAAUAUGAGGACGUUGGAUCUGCUGGCCCUGACCACAUUAAAACAUUCAUACUAAGAGCAGUCCUGAAUGGUAAGGUGUAUCCUGAUGGUGUGGGGAAGAACAAGAAGGAAGCCAGACAGAAUGCAGCUAAAAAUGCCCUGACAGGCUUGAUGGAGGAAUCAGUUGAGCCUACAGAAAAUGCAGCAGAAGCUUCUACUGCACCAGUUCAUCAGACAAGUAUCUGCAACAUCAACUACAUAUGUUGGCUCAAUGAAUAUGGUCAGAAGAACAGGGUGACUAUAAGGCCUGUGGAGUCAACAAGACUGGGACCAAAUAAUGCUCUUCAGUGCUGUAGCUUCGUGGUUGGUGAUAAGGAGUAUCCAGCUGCCUAUGGGAAAACAAAGAGGGAAGCAAAGGAGGAAGCAGCCAAGCUUGUAUAUAACGAGAUAUGUGUCAGUAAAACUACAGAGACUGGAGAGGAGAAAUACAGCGUUGCAUCAAGCCAACCAAAGGGGAAAUUGAAUCAAAAUGUGUCGGAAAUCUGUGAUAAGACAAAGAGCUUGAGUGUGAGAGCUACCGACGAAGGUUUUGCAGAGAUAAAUUUCAUAGGAAUCGUGAACCACUACUGUCAGAAAACAAAGCGCUCCCAUGAUUACAUCUUAGAGAAAAGAUGCGGUCCACCACAUAACACCCAAUUUUUCUACAAAUUAGUGAUCAACAACAAGGACUACCCUGUGGCUGAGGGUAAGACUGUCAAGGAAGCCAAACAAAAUGCAGCUCAGCUUGCCUGGUCUGCUCUUCAAGAACAGUCAGACUGGGACAGCAAGUUGUCUUUCUGGUCAGCUGUGUCUGAUGAUGCUUCGCCAGCCAGGCUGUCCACACCACCAAGCGCACCGGAGUGCCACAAGACAAAACCGGAAAGCGUGCCAACGACUUCAAAUGACUCCAUUGUUUUCACCAAUUCAUCAAAUCCUCCCAAAUAUCAGAUUAGAAGCCCUGAUGUGAAGCCCAAAGUAAGAAUUGCAGCAAAUUUCGCAAAGGCCUGCAAUAACAGCAAAGAGGAUAUAAUGGCCAAUUUCAAUGACAAGAAUACAGGAAAUAGUCAGAGUGAAAAAACAACCAAGUCAGUACUCUCAAGGUUUACAUCAGAAUUUGACUCCAUAGUGUGUCUCGGCAAAGGAGCCUUUGGUCAUGUGUUCAAGGCAAAACAAAAACUGCUGGAGAAGUAUUAUGCCAUAAAGAUUGUCCGCUGCAAAGAAAAAGCUCUACGAGAGGUGAUGGCAUUAUCAGACCUCCAUCACGGCAAUAUUCUUCGAUACUACACAUGUUGGUUGGAGGAUUCAGGAUACAAAUGGGACAGUGCAGCUGACAGUUGCAGCACUUCACAGUCUUCUACCGAUAAUUCAUCAAUAAAGUACCUGUAUAUUCAGAUGGAGUUGUGUGACACCAAAACACUUAGAGUGUGGAUAGACGAGAAGAAUAUUCAGAAUGUGAAGAAAUCUCUGCGAAACUCCAAGAGAAGAGAAGAGAGUCUAACUAUUGCUCAGCAAAUAGUCAGUGGAGUCGAAUACAUUCACUCCAAGAUGCUCAUCCACAGAGACCUGAAGCCUGCCAACAUCAUGUUUGGGCAAGAUGGGGAAGUGAAGAUUGGAGACUUUGGUCUGGUCACUGCUGAGAAUGAUGACGAUGCUGAGAACGUGAUCGAGAGAACCGUGUACAAAGGAACCCCAUCUUACAUGGCUCCUGAGCAAAAGAGCAGGAGCAUUUAUGACCGAAAAGUGGACAUAUUUGCUUUGGGGUUGAUAUAUUUCGAACUCCUUUGGAACCUCUCUACUGGCCACGAAAGGAAAGCGAUUUGGGAUGAUGCCAGAAACCAGAAACUUCCUCAAGGAUUUUCACACAAUUUUUCCUUGGAGAACCGAAUUAUAAAGUCAAUGCUGUGUGUGAAGCCAGAAGACAGACCUGAAGCAAGUAAACUAAAGACAGACUUGGAGGAGUGCAGUCGUACACUUACAACGCUUAAAGAUAUGCGUCGCGACAAUAAGACUGUCUGAUUAUUACAAGGAAAUACUCAAACAAUGCGAAAGCAUCUGUCAUCACAUGCAUGACUAUUUAUUCAGCAUCGUGGGAAAAGGCACAUGACCAUGUGCAUUUUAAAAUCAGGGAAUGCAACAUUAUUCACUUUUAACAAAUAAUCAUGUCCUGUGUAAUUCCUUUGUCAACUGGUAUUGAAGUAAUGUAUUCUAUGCUGUAAAUGGUCAAAUGUGUUUAACGUGAUGUCACAUUACACCCUUUGCUUUUCAAUGAAUAGGAUGAAUUGGAAAAUAUAACAUCGGCAGCUAGGGUGUAAUGGUCAUUCUUCUUCUGUAAAGUUUGUAUAAGUACUUUUGUAUUUUGUACAACUUGUGAAUUUUAGUGGCCGCUCUCCUGAUGAUCUGUCUUGUUUUUACAUUCAAAUGAGUCUGGAUGGGAAUUUCAGCAGCUCUGAGAUGGGGAAUGUGCCCUAGUUCCAGAAAAUCACCUUCGUGUACCAAAUGCUUGUACUUGUUUCUGUCAUUGAUUCCCAAAACUGUACGUGCAAGACAACUGUUUUCAGAUAUGAAGAUUCAGCAUUUGAGACAUGUUGAAAUAUGACGAUUUUCUUUCUAAAUCAAGCUGGACAAGUAAGUACUUUAGCUCCAAGCUUAAGCUCUUAGACUGCAGGAAAACCAGUGAAGUUGCAGCCUUCAGAGUCAGAGAUCAGAAGCAAACACUUAAGAACUGGAGGACCUGUGCACAUCCCCACAGCCAGGUACAGCCAGCCCUGUGGUCACAGGAUCUCUAAUGUGUAGGAGGUGCCCCUUUUAAAACGUUGCCCCCACCCUGAGACAUUGUGUGUACACCACUGGACGGAUUAAUAAAAUGCUGCGCAAACUAUAACAAAACAAUAACUGCAGUUAUUGAUAACUAAUGAUGAACGACACAUUUCUGAAGGCAAAAAAAACAAGACAAUUAAAAUCGGGAGCUAGUG